CGGACUCGGAGGUUUGUUCAUCUGAUCUGUGCUAUUUUCUUCUGUUGCCACUGUGUUCCAUCGUGGUCGAUUAGCUUCUACCCUCAGCUGAUUCUGAAUUUCCGCAGGAAAAGUGUGGUUGGGUUGAACUUCGACUUCGUGCUGUUGAAUUUGACGAAGCACUCGUCGUAUAUGAUCUACAACGCCUGCCUCUACUUCAGCCCCAUCAUUCAAAAACAGUACUUUGAUACUUAUGGCGAUCAAGAGAUGAUACAUGUGGCUGCUAAUGAUGUUGCCUUCUCAAUCCAUGCUGUUGUACUCACAGCUCUUACACUCUUCCAGAUCUUUAUCUAUGAACGUGGACCUCAGAAAGUAUCCAGAUUUGCUACAGGUCUUGUGGUUCUUGUCUGGGGGUUUGCAGCUAUCUGUUUCUUCAUUGCUUUACCUUCGCACUCUUGGCUCUGGCUCAUUACCAUCUUCAACUCGAUUCAGGUUUCCAUGACAUGCGUCAAGUACAUUCCACAGAGCCACCUAUGUCCUCUACCUCUCAUGGUGCAACCUAUCAUUUGGAACUACGAUCAUUCUCUUCGACUCUACCCAACUCCUCAUACAGUAUACUCUUAAGUCCUCUUCUCAAUUAUAGUUUCUGUUUCGCCUAGUUUGGAAGA